GCGUCAGUGCUUGCCAUGCCAGCAUUGAAAUGUCACGUCACGUCAUGUGCCUACGUCAGAAGUAAUGUCACAUUUGUCAAAAUAAAACUAUAAUUACAAAAAUGGCUGAGAAAAAGAGAGGCAAGAAAAGAAAAGAUGAGUACGUUCACCCAGGAGAAGAAAUCGAUGACAAACCGACAAAAGAAGAGAUUACCGUCGCCAAAUGGAUGAGAAGUAAUGUUCAGAUUAAGAAAACUAAAUUUGCUAACCACAAUGUGGAAUAUUUUACAGGAGCUCGAGCAGUCGACGCACUCCUUAACUCACCUUUUGCAACCAAAGACGAUCCACUCUUCAAGACUCGAGAAGGUAUUGCCGAUUAUCUCCACGUCAUGCUAACGCACAAACUCUUCCAUCGGGCACGUAAAGUACCGGUAGACGAACAAGAAUUAAAAGGAAAGAAAGGCAAGAAAAAAGAUAAGAAAGAAGAUAAAGAGAAGAAGGAUUCUGGAGAGGACGAGAAGAAAAAGGAGAAAGAAAAGGAGAAGGUGACUGACGCGGAAAGCAGUGUAGUUGAAGGUAGCAAGGAUCAAAAGCCUGAAAAAGAAAAGAAAAAGAAGAAAAUUAAAUUGGAAAUGCAUUAUGACCAACGUUUUGAAGAUAAUUUAGAUGCCUACGUUUGGAUAUAUGAUCCAAUUCCUUUCCACUAUUGGAUAAUCGGUACUUUCCUAGUUUUGGGAGCUAUUGGAAUCUGUCUCUUCCCCUUAUGGCCACCAUCUGUCAGAUUGGGAGUAUACUAUCUCAGUGUGGCUGCAGCUGGCUUCUUGGUAUCGAUUAUUGUAUUAGCUGUUAUCCGUUUAAUAAUAUUCUGUUUGAUAUGGACGGUAUCAAUGGGAAAACACCACUUGUGGAUACUUCCGAAUUUGACAGAAGACGUAGGAUUCUUUGCAUCGUUUUGGCCGCUCUAUACAUAUGAAUAUAAAGGAAACAAAGGUGGAAAGAAAAAGAAAGAAAAGGAUUCCGAUGCAGAAGACGACGAUAAUAAAGAAGAUGAGAAUCCUGCUGAGGAAGAAUCACAAAAUUCAGGAGUAGCUGAAGUUGUGGAACCUGACAAUAGGGACCAGCAACUCGAUAACAAUGGAUCUGAAAGUGAGAGCGAAUCCAGCCAACGAUCCAGUACAGGCAAAGAUUUCGAAAUUAUAGAGCAGGAAGAUGUUGAAUCCUAAGCAAUUAGAGGACUUUAAUGUUUAAAUCUUUGUGCACAUACUGUGGUAGAAAAAAUUAUAUCGGGUUCCGUCGUGUGAUUUGAACUAAUUUCCAUAUUAAAUGACUUUCUAACGAUAAAGAAUUUUAAUAGUCUCUUAUUUUAAUAGAAAAGCCAUCUCAUUUGCUUAUCUGGGUGAGCUGUAAUCCUGAGGAAGUGUCAUACGAAGGUUUUAACCCUUUUAGCUCCGGUGGCGCAUAUGCGCGUCCAAAUGUGAUUAUAGAUUAGGGCCAUGGACGAGUUUACGCGUCCAUGGCACAACCUAAAAGCUGAGGUUGGAAAUGUUAGAGACGUGCUGAAAGGGUUAACAUAAAUCUUAAUUUCUUUCGACUGUGUAUUCCAACACCACUUCCUUCUUCAUUAUAAAAUAAAUAUUGGUCAUAAGGUAAAUAGGAAAGUUUUUAUAAACUACCUUUGGAUAAGAUCAAAUUUGUUCAGUUCUCCUGCUUUGAUGUAUUUUACAAAAACCUUGUUUUAUUAUAGUUUCUUUUAAACUAGGAGGAGUAAACUCAAAAUACAGAUAUACACCCAAUAAUGUUACUAGAAAAAUCACCAGACUUAUAAAUAUUAUUUUAUAUUAAUAUGUCGUAAAAGAGUUCUAAAAACAACUGUAGUUUAUAUAAAUGCAGACUAAAGAUCUAAAAAUUGAUGGCAUAACGCAGAAAACACAAAAAAUCUCCUAUAAAUAACCUAUGAAUGUAACCCGUCGGUCUAAUAAGCAAAUUGCCUAAGUCACAUAUUGAAAAUUUUACAGGAAAGACAAAAAACAAAAGGAAAAAAGUAAAAAAGAGGAUAAUAAAAAAGUAAAGGAACAAAAGUAAAAAAGAGAAAAUUGCCUAACUCCCUGCAAUACAUAAUUGACCAAAAUGAAUUAAACAAAAUAUUUACACAAACUUUCUACUUAUUAUACUAUAUCCAUAUUAAUAAUAAUAAUCAAAAUAAUAUAUUUAUUUACUUACAUUUUCUAACGUUUUCAAUAAAAACAACUUCAGAAACACUGACAUAGGCAAUAUUCGUAUAAAUGGGUAAGAACGUUUGGACUUCAGCAAAAUUCGUUUAGCGAAAUUGGCGCGAAAUAAAAUAAUAAUGGCGCUUGUGGGAAAUGUCAGGCGGUAGCUUUUACCGUCUACUACUAGAUGAUACCAAAAAAACAAUUUUCGCAAAAAAUGGACUUAGGCAAUUUGCUUAUUAGACCGACGCUAUGAUAUAACCUAUGAAUUUUAAAUGCCAAUAGUGUCAAAAUUUCAUAAAUGUCAAUAGUGUCAAAAUUUCAUAACUUAGUAAAAUAAACUUGCCUGCGAUUGGACUAAUUACAAACAAGCAUUCGUUCAAUCUUCGCUUGUCCACUAUUGGACGUAGAUCUCUCUCUCAUAAUUGUCCAUCUAUUUCGAUCUUGUGUUUCUUGCAUCCAAUUCCUAUGACAACGUUUUAGAUCAUCAGUCCAACGUGUUGGUAGACGACCUCUGCUUCGGUAGACAUCAUCUCUUGGUCUAUAUUGCAGUAUCCGCCUUGUCAAUCUAUUAUCUGUUAUUCGAGCCAGGUGACCUGCUUUCAUUUCAGUGUUGCUACUCUCUCUACUGCAUCAGCCACUCCUGUUCUUUGUCGUAGCUGGCGGUUUUGGAUCUUGUCUCAUAGUGAAACGCCCAACAUAGCACGCUGCAUCGCCUUUUGAGACACACGGAUCUUGUGCACUGUUCUCCUUGUCAUGGUCAACGUUUCCGCACCAUAAGUCAACACUGGCAAAACACACUGAUUAAAGGUUUUUCUUUUAAGGCAUAUUGGUAUGUCACAGUGGCGGCUCGUACCACUUUAAGAAGGUAGUGCCACAACUCGGGCAGCCGCCAAAAUUUUUAGUGACGGAUUCACGAUAUUGUCAAAAAAAGGUAUACUGACAACAAAAACUAAAAAAAAUAUGCGCGGAUACUUUUAUCUAUAUCUUAAGUUUAUUGAUCUGAGGUGCCAAGCAAUUGUCCAACAUUGAUCAAAAUAGUUCCGUAAAUUAAUUAAUAAUAAAAACCUCUUAACCUACCACCAGCAUUUACUGCUGAUAGUGCUUGAAAAUUGUUAUUACGAUUUAGUCUCUAUUUACCAAUUUAUAAAAAUAAUACUAUUUCAUUAUUCACACACAUGCACAAAUUUUUGUAAUGUCACUUUUAAAGUUUACGAUAUAUGAAGUUCAUUCUUCUAUUUUUUGGUUGCAAAGUUUUCAAUGACUUUAUAAUUAAAAUUAUCAAUACAAUUUACAAAAUGCUUUUCUGCAGAUAGCAUACCUAAAGCACUAGGUUUCGAUGUAAACAUCGAAAAACAGCGUUCUGCUUCAGAUGUUGAUAUAGGAAUGGUAACUAAAAUACUUAAAAGUUUAAUAGUUUCUUCAAAUGUGCUUUUUAAACCUUCCCUCUACAAUAAAACCGAUAGCGAAACAGCCCCAGAGGUAGUACUUAAUUCGUCUCGCUAAUACAGUACCUACUUCUAAUUCAGUUUUAAACCGAGUUUUGCUUAAAAAUUAAAAUUGUCUCCGUGGUUCAUUAAGAAAUGAUUCGGAGAACUGAUGCUUAUAAGCAGAAAACUCCUCGGACAUAAAUAAAUUGGAAGCAACUAAAUGUCCGGAGAAAGUAGACCUUUGAAAGAUCUGGUACUUUGAAUAGUAUGAACCAUUAAGUAUUUGUCUAAUUCGGCGCUAAAAUUGACCAGCUCCUUAAAUAUACCUCUAUUUUCUGAAUUUUCUUUUUCGUCGUGACCUCUUAAAGCUAACUCGAAAGCUCCACAACACCUUAUAACAUUUGUAGUUUUUUUUCUAGCGAAAAACCACCAAAAAAAUUUUUAAAAUACUAAUCUUAUUGUCAAUUAAUAAAUUAAACUUAAUAAAUAAUCAAAAUAUUAUCAAAUACCCACGAUCAUGAUGCACUAAAAGUUUAAUUAUAAAUACAAAAACUUUUUAACAGAAAAUAUACAUAAUAAAAGCGACAAACCAGCACGUAAAGAAACUCAAAAUAAAUAGAUCUGGCUUCAUACCCUCGUGCCUGGCACAGAGAUUCUAAUGUUAAGGUAUACUAAUAGUCCAAUAUAGCUCUUUCUCUGUCACUUACAUAUAAUGCUCGUAAAAUCUUUCUCUCUUUGCUCGUGCCAGUACUGACUUCGGCGCGAAGGAGAUUCUCCUGUCGAAUACUCUCCGCUGUCGGCAGGGAUUGUAUUGCGCCCAUAGUUGCCAUAUUUUAUAUAAUUUAUGAAGAUCAAAAGAAAUACACACAAAAAAAUUAAUAGGAAUUAAAAAGUUUUGAAGAUAAAAAAUAUGUUUAUGGAUAGUUAGCAAGGUAGUGCCAUGGCUCUAUGGCACUUCCUCACGGGCCGCCACUGGUAUGUCAGACAAUUUGAAAAUAUGGUUCAGCUUGCCGAAGGCUGUCACAAGUCAGUCUUAUACGACGGAGAAGCUUAACAGUUUGGAUAUCUUUUCCUAUGCGAAUCUCAUGACCUAGGUAUUUAUAGGUCAUUACCUGGUCUAUGGAUCUUGUUCCUAUGCAUAUAUAUAUUCGCUGACUACAAGAUUUGUCAUUAUCUAGAUUUUAGAUAUAUUUAUUUUCAAUCCCCAUUCUAGCGAGGAAAGGUAGAGCUGAUUUAAAAGUUCUUUGGCCUCAUCUUUCGUAUCAGCUAUUAGUACAAUAUCAUCUGAAAACCUCAGAUGGCUAAGCUUUUCUCCGUUUAUGUUUAUGCCCUUGUCGGUCAGUUUUGCCCUUUUACAUAUAUAUUCCAAAAGCGUAGUGAACAAUUUCGGCGAAAUGGUGUUACCCUGACGUACUCCACGAUGUAUCGGGAAUUUCUGGGUUUGACGAUCAUCCACUCGUAACACUGGCUGUUGCGUUUUGGUAUAUAUUAUGUUUAAUUAUAUUUAUACACCGAUAUUCAAGUCGGCAUUCUGUUAAGGCUUCCAACAUUUUUUGUUGAUUUACGAUGUCAAAGGCCUAUUCAUAGUCCACAAAUAUUACAGCUAGUGUUUUGUUAUAUUCAGUGCAUUUUUCUUUAAGAUUUUUUAUUAUCAGUAGAUGAUCGUUUGUACCACAGCCUUUUCUAAAACUCUCUUUUCUAAACAAGCAUUACGGCACGGUAAAUUUGAAUUACUCCUCCUAGUUUAAAAACGAGGAUAGUAUCCUUUAAUUGGCUAUUUUUUUCUGCUGGAAGGAAAAUUGUAGUUCAAAUAACAUAUUUUAGUAAUUCUUGGAUACAAAUCUUUUAAACUGGCUAUUAAUAACUUGAAUUAGAUCGUUAUUCGAUGGCAAGUAGUUCAAACAGCUCGAAAUGUACUUGGUCGGUUAGUUUGAUUGAUUUCAGGCUAAUAAAAUAUUUUUAUAGGGGUACUUUGGUUUUUUUCCUUGUAUUAUUUUUGUUCCUAUUUAUAUGAAUACCAACAGAUAGACAACUGUGUACAGAGUAUAUAGAGACAAACGAUUCAAUUUGUAAUUGUAGUACUAACUAAUAAAUUAUUCUUUUGAUUCGGGAUGACUGUAUAUUACACUUUUCAACAAUCAUUUUAAAAAUAAGACCAUACAAUUAUUAUGAUCAUUCUUAUCUCGGUAGUGGAAUAAAAUGAUAGAGUGAUAGUGGUGUAUGUUAAUGAUUUUUAACCAUAGUGAACUACAAUUUUGGAUCAAAUAUAAAUGGGAAUCAAGUAAUUUCUUUCUUCUAAACGUUUUUAUUGAAACAUUUUGCUUAAUAAGAUAGCACUCUUUCUUUUGAAGAGUUGGCCGUCGGCUGAGGGAUGCCAUCGGUGUACUUUCCAAUUUUUAAAGCAAAGAUUCUAUACUGGCGUUUUAAUUUUCCUCAUUAAGUAAAAUACAGCGGCGAGCGUCACGAAACACAAAAUAGUGGUUCGCAGUCACAGUAAACAGUUGGAAGAGUCAAUUUACGUGACGAGGGGAGUCCGUUAUACGAGAUGUAAACUUUAAAAAUGUAUAAAAAAAUAAAUAAAAUUACUUUAUUCAAUUUUAAAUGAAGCUUCGAGCUACGUUACAGUGCCACCUACUGUACCACUUUGUUACAUAGUUACAGCAUUUAUACAGAUAUAUCUUAUACAGCUAAGCGUUGUCGUCCAGACGAAUCACAUAUCUCCGUAUAGAAAGUAAAGAUUUUACUUUGUAGAUGAUGCCCUUCCUGUUAAUAUACUGUGUACAGAUUAUUCCAAAAUGUUUCUAUUGAUAGUAAAGUAACUAUUCUCUGUUUCAAACGCUAGAAUCAGUUUGGUUGUAUAUUGCAAGCGGGAUUGCCAUUCUGUGAAUUAUCAUAAAUAAAUGCCCCUUUAGUAUUUCACAGCAGUUAACAGUGAUAAUCCUCUACAAGUACCUGCCUAAUACUAUCUUUCCAGCCGCUGCCGUUGAGAGCGGCAACGUUAUCAACAAAAUUCUCAUUUAGUUUGCAGUGGCCCUAUUCUCCGUACACUGAAUCGCAUGUCUGAAAUAUAGUAUAGUCAUGUACAUUGUGCUACAUCUGCCUUCUUAUUGCAUACUUCCUGUUUAUGUUUGACCCAUCUUUGGAGAUGAUUGUUGUUAAGUUUUUAGGUUUCUUGUUCCAUAAACAAUUUUAUUUAUUUUUUAUGUUGACUAAGUUCUCUCCACAGAUAUAUCGCCCGUUGAAGCUAUAGCUUUUUCAAAGAUAGGCGCACUAAUUACUUUUCACUGACUGAAAAUUAGUAAUUUUAUAAGCCAAUCAGAAUCCUCAAAUAUACUGCAGAAAAAUAUGUAAAGAGAAUUCUACUUGAUUUGCAUGAACAAUGCAUUUGAAACAUCUGUUUAAAAAAAUCUUAUAUAUCGUCUAUAAAAAUCGAUAUAUUAUAUCGUCGAUGUAUGAUAUAUCUGCGAAGAGAACUGUACCAUUUACUUUUCUUUGUAAAUAAUAUUACUAUAGAAGAAAACGCAAUAACGACCCUAGAAAACAUAUCUUAUGGAUAUUGUAAUUAUUGUUCAAAAAUUUGUUUAUGGAAUUCGACAAAGUAAUAAAAUAUUUUUCUUAAUUGUAAUGGAUAUACUCUGUAACACGUUUAUAUUAUUCUAAAUAAGCAUUGAGAGUUUUUUUUGUUUUAAUUGGGAAAUAUAACGAUUAUAAUAAUACUCAACAUUUUCUAUCAACAAUUUUUGAAGUAAAUGUUCUGAUUUUUAAUCGGAUUUUUUUUAAAUCAGUUUUAGUGUUUGAAAUCAAUUUUUUUGAGAUUUAGAAUGAAUCUGGAUCUUUUUUAUGAAUAAAUUAUUGAUACUUGGUUUAAAGACAUACUAUUGACUUUUUUCAUUUUCUAUUUAUGAUAAUACGUAUUAAAUGAUUUUGCUAAAAUUUUUUUAAGAAAAAUUCACAUUUACUUAUAGUUGGAUUGUUAAAAGUACAAGGGUAAUUAAAAGGAUAUUAAAACAGACAAUACAAACAUACAAAAAAAAAACAGCAGCAUAAGCUUCUUCUUGUAGUGCCUAUCCGUUUCAGAUGUUGGCGACCAUCAUGGCAAUCUGUACUUUGCACACUACUGCUCUGAAAAGAUGCGUAGUUGUUGUGUUAAACCAUGUACAUAGAUUUUUCAGCCAGGAAAUCCUUCUACUUCUCGUUUUUCUUCUACUUUUCCCUGUAAAGUUAGUUGCAACAAUCCAUAUAUUUCGCUGUUCCUCAUGAUGUGACCGAGGUAUUCGAUUUUGGCUGUUUUCCUAAUAAGUAACGCGGUCGGUAUAAGAUAUCUUCAGGAUUUGACGAUAAAGCCACAUUUCGAAAGCCUUAACUUUCAGGUAGCGUCUGUGAGAGUCCACGUCUCAACUCCGUGCUCCGUGCAACAAUAUAAGGAAGAUAUAAUACUAGUAACCUGAUUUUAUGGAUAUUGAUAAAUCAUGAUCAUGACAUAUCAUGAAUAGCUUUUUGAAAUGCAGAUUUUGCUUUCUCUAUCCAACAUUUGACUUUUAGGGAAUCGUUCCAAUUUUCAUUAACGUUCGUACCAAGGUAGGCGUAUGGUUUUUGUUCUUUCUAUUCGUUGACCGUUCACACUUAUUCGUUUAAAUUGAUGUUCCUUCUUAGAGAUAAUCGUACAUUUUGUUUACUUAAUGUUUAGUGAAACUCCAUGUCUCUCGAUUUACUUCUGUGAUUCUAUUCAUUAACACCUGGGGUUUCAUAACUAUCAACGAAUACCACCGUGCCGUCCGCGUAUCUGAUGUUAUUCAUACAUUCUCCGUUAAUUCGAAUUCCAUCUUCAACAUCCCCCACUGCUUCUUGAAGAUUUCCUCAGAGUAUAUUUUGAACAGCAGAGGUGAUAAUAUACAUUCCUGCCGAACCCACGUUUGCUUUUGAUAUCAUCGGAUUCUCCUGCUUCUUGAUUGCUAAUAAUUCUUAUAAUACAGAUCUUUAUUCUAAUUAAAUUAUUAAGAAAAUCCAUAAAAAUUAUGCAAAGUCAGGGAAGUGCGUCUUUAAACCAAGCUACUACUUUUAUUAAAUUAUUUAUAUAUUAUUUAAAUCCCUCUGAUAUACGAGUAUAGUUGAAAUCUACUUACUUUUAUUUAUCUGGUAUAAUUUGAUAGUUGGUGCUAUUUAUUUUGAGAGUGUAUACAGGGUCCACUCCGAUAACGUCCUUUUAUCUUUAUAAAGAGAUUUUAAAGGGCCGACCUAUUUAUUAUAGUUAUUAAAAUGAUUUACGACAGGUUAAUGCAUUUAAAAUUAUAUUAAAUAAAAUAUUGUGGUGUACACUUAAAUAUAUAAUUAAACAUACUUGUAAAUAAUAUUUAUUUUAAUUUGUCCAUCACUUGUCUUAGCAUUUGAUUGCAUAAUGCUGCAUAUGGAUUUAACUCGACAAGCUGAAAAAUAAAUUAUUGUUUAAGUAA